AUGGUAGUGUUUCGGUUGCUGGUGCUCUUACUGUUGGUGCAGGGGAUGUGCACGUUUCUGGAUAUUUCUCAAUGUUCCAUCAGAGAACCCGUCCCUAUUCUUCACAAAUAUUAUCAGUCAGGAGACCUCAUCAUUGCUGGCAUUAUUUCUCAGAUCUACAUAUUUUCAGAUACCCUAUCCUUUGAGAAACACCCAUCUCAGGAAUUUUCAGAUGACCAUAUGGUGCUGACUCACCUCUACCAGCACAUCUUGGCCUUGACAUUUGCUGUAAAGGAGAUCAAUGAAACUCCCCAGAUCUUGCCCAACAUCACCCUGGGCUUCCACAUUUAUAACAGCCAUUUCAGUGCAAGCUGGACCUACGAAGCCUCAAUAGAGCUUCUCUCAAGAAGGGCCAUGGUCAUCCCUAACUAUAAAUGUGAUGCUGAGAGCAUUCCAAUAGCAGUCAUUGGGGGACCUAACUCUAAUGUCUGUCUUCACAUGACACCCAUCCUGUCUACCUACAAGAUACCGCAACUCAUAUAUGGCUCUUCCCCAGUCAUGAAUAAAGAGUCUCAAGGAGUUUUCUUCUACCAAAUGUUCCCGAAUGGGGACCAUCAAUAUAGAGGAAUUAUCCAGUUACUGCUGCAUCUCCAGUGGACAUGGAUUGGAGUGGUUUCUCAAGAUGGGGAUAAUACAGAAGGUUUUAUAGACAAUGUACUUCCAAUGUUUUCCCAGAGUGGCAUCUGCUUUGACUUCAUAGAAACAUUCCCAAAGCUAACAUCUUCCAGUGGUGUCACGGACAUGGUGGGAGAGGGCUUUCACUGUGUCAGUGUUAUUAUGGGAAGCACUGCAAAUGUUGUGGUUGUACAUGGAGAAAUUCAGACGAUGAUGGUAUUGAAAAUGGUGCCCCAGAUUGUAAAAUUUGAGCAUAUACCAAUGAGGACUAAGGGUAAAGUCUGGUUCAUGACAGCGCAGAUGGAUAUCACAUCAUUUCCAUUCCAAAGAAAUUGGGACAUAAGUUUCCUUCAUGGUUCUCUGUCCCUUGCCAUUCACUCAGUGGAUCUGUUAGCUUUCCAGAAGUUCCUUCAGAUCAAGAACCCAAGCACAGAAAAAGAAGAUGGUUUUAUCAAGGACUUCUGGGAAGAGUCAUUUAACUGUUCAUUCCCCAGUUCAGUGGCAGAUAAUAUAGGUGGGCAAACUUGCACUGGGGAGGAGAAGAUGGAGGCACUUCCUGUGUCUGUUUUUGAAAUGAGAAUGACUGCCCAUAGCUACACCAUCUACAAUGCAGUCUAUGCGGUGGCACAUGCUUUGCACAUCAGACAUCCAUCCCAAUUAAAGCUCAGGGGAAUGGCAGAGGGAGCAAGAUGGGAGCUUCCAAAUCCACAACCGUGGCAGAUUCGGCCCAUUUCUAUAUGUAAUGAUCAUUGCGGUUCAGGUUAUAGUCGGGCCAAGAAGGAAGGGAAGCCAUUUUGUUGCUAUGAUUGCAUUCCAUGUCCAGAAGGAAAGAUUUCCAACCAGGAAGACAUGGAUGACUGUUUUCAAUGUCCAGAAGAUCAGUAUCCAAACAUUGGCCAGGAUAAAUGUCUUCCAAAAGAUAUAAGCUUCCUGUCUUACGGUGAACCUCUGGGAAUCAGUUUAGUCACAUUUGCUCUUUUAUUGACUUUCACUACAACUUUUGUGCUUAGGAUCUUCAUCAAGCACAGAGAGACUCCUAUCGUGAAAGCCAACAAUCGGACCCUCACCUAUGUUCUCCUCAUAGCCCUCAAUCUCUCCUUCCUUUGUCCUUUGCUAUUCCUUGGCGAGCCCACAAAAAUAACCUGCCUCCUUCGACAAACUGCUUUUGGAGUCAUCUUCUCAGUAGCAGUGUCUUGCAUCUUAGCAAAAACAACUAUAGUGGUUCUAGCUUUCAUGGCUACCAAGCCAGGCUCCAGAAUGAGGAGAUGGGUGGGGAAACAUCUGGCCAUCUCCAUUGUUCUUUUCAGUUUCCUCAUUCAAAUGAUGAUGUGUAGUGCCUGGCUGAUAGUUGCUCCCCCACUCCCUGAUUUAGACAAGCACUCAGGGACUAAAGAAAUUGUACUGCAAUGUAAUGAAGGAUCAGUCACCAUGUUCUACUGUGUCCUAGGCUUCAUGGGAAUGCUGGCCCUUGUCAGUUUCACUGUGGCUUUCCUAGCUAGGAAGUUACCAGACAGUUUUAAUGAAGCCAAGUUUAUCACUUUCAGCAUGUUGGUCUUUUGCAGUGUGUGGCUGUCCUUUGUUCCUACCUAUCUGAGUACCAAGGGAAAGUACAUGGUGGCUGUGGAGAUCUUUUCUAUUUUUGCCUCUAGUUUUGGAUUACUGGGCUGCAUCUUCUUCCCCAAAUGUUAUAUUAUUUUGGUGAGGCCCGAGUUAAACAGUCGGGGACAGCUUAUUAUAAGAAAGAAUUAA